AUGGUCGUGGACGAAACUUCCCACGACUAUGAGAGGCUGGCCACACCCGUGUCGGAGUUGCGGCCAAGCGCAAUGCUCAAUGACUGCCACCAGAAGCUGGACACGGAUGCUGAAGAUGAAGAGGAGCACUACUACUCGACUAUGCCGCUUUACAAGAAGACCUUGUGGGGCAUCUUCUAUAGCUUUGCGUCGGUGGCCGCGCUCUACUUCUUUAUGGUGGCUGUCAAGCUCAUUGGAGACGGUAUUACGGUCGCCCUCGGAUGCGACACCAAGGGCGCCUUUGACUUUGCCGACAACCCAGUGGCUGGUUUAAUGAUCGGUACCAUCGCCACUGCUCUUCUCCAUAGUUCCGGCACCGUGACGUCCAUUGUUGUGGCCCUGGUAGGCUCCAGUGGCAUGACUAUUCGCCAAGGUGUGUUCGUCAUCAUGGGUGCAAACAUCGGCACGUGCGUCACGUGCAUCAUGGUAGCUUUUGGUCAAGUCGGAGAUCUCGUCGGUUGUUUCCAGCGGGCCAUGGCAGCCGCCACUGUUCAUGACAUGUACAACCUCUGGUCAGUCUUUGUGCUAUUCCCUCUUGAAUGGGCUUUCCACCCACUCGAGAAGCUGUCGGUCGCUAUGUCGAACGCCCAUACCGACAGCGGCGCCUUUAGCAGUCCAGUUGAUGUCGUCGUGAACCCGCUUGCAAAAGAGGUGAUUGUCGUGGACAAAGGUGCUGUCUACGACGUUGCUGCCGGCGCUAUUGAGUGCACGUCAAUCCAGUCGUUUGUCACUGGUGGUGUAUUUGAGGGCUCGAGCAUGGGUGAUGGGAGCAUCGGUGCCAUCACUGCUCUCAUUGGCGUCUGUAUCCUAGUCUGUUCUCUGUUCACCCUGGUCAAGAUGCUUGCAAAGGUCUUCACGGGUACUACAAAGCAUCUGGUCUCCAAGCUCCUAAACUACAACGGCUACAUUAACAUUAUCGUCGGCACGCUGAUCACAUUUUGCGUCCACUCAUCGACAGUUGUGACAUCCACGAUCACGCCGCUAGCCGGACUGGGAGUUAUCACGCUGGAACAAGUUUACCCGCUGGUGAUUGGAGCCAACUUGGGGACCACUGGCACGGCGCUACUGGCUGCGCUAGUCACUGGGAGGUCCGACUCUGUCGCAAUUGCUCUCGUGCACUUCUGGUUCAACGUGUUCGGUAUCAUACUCUUCUACCCGAUUCCAAUCACCCGCAAGCCCAUCCUGAGCUGGGCCCGAUCACUGGCUUUCGCGAGUGCUGCAUGGCCAAUGACCGCUGUACUCUUUCUGAUUUUCCUGUUUCUCGUGGCCCCUGGCAUCUUGCUUGGUCUGGUCUACAUGUGCACCGCCAGCAGCACUGCGGUGCAGGUGAUUGGAUACAUUAUUGCAGCUAUUGUUGUCGUGGUAACGAUGGCUUCGCUGUUCUGGUACUUGCAGAAGGGCGGUCGUUCGCUCUGGCAUGCGUUCUUGGAGAAAAAGCGGUUGGAACGUGAAGCUCGCACUACACGCGAUACUACCAGAUCGUGCACCCAGAUUAGCUUACCUUCCAAUGCGGUGUGA